AUGGAGUUGGAGUACUCGCCGCGACACUCGCCAGGCGGCACCAUGCACAUGCUGUCGCCCACUCAUCCCCACGACGGCUUCACCACCAUCCGGCAGAUCCGCCGCUCACUAUCGCGAUCUCCCUCGAAGCCAUCGCGAUUUGCUCUGCUCACCACCAAAGGAACCACAUCCCCAAAUGCUCCCAUGUCUCCAGCGCCGCGAUCACCCUCGGGACUGAGUCGCGCAUUCAGCCUUGACUCCACCCAAGCAAACGCCGGCAGCAAGACAACGUCCUCGCGUACCAGCGUGGUGCGAACAAGAUCGCGCAGGACUUCUCCCAACAGCCCGCUCAGGCGCGCAUUGAGCGACAACUCCAAUUCAGCCAACACAAUUCCUCGAUACGCGACGCGCAGAAGUUCGACGGAGCAUGACCAGGAGAAUAUGGAUUGCUCCGAGGACUCCGUGAAGCCAGCUUCAGAAUUGCGCUACGACAAUCCCAUCAAGAUCGACUUUGGCAAGCCAGGCCCAGAAAAGCUGCUGCAGCCUGUCAUGCGAGAGCACGCAUCGCCAAUGAAGUCGAGCCCGCUGAAGCGCAGUGAUGGAGUCAUGAAUCUGGAAGCCGCAAGCCUAGGAAGCCCACGGAGUAGCAAGCGUCGCAGCUUACACGCCGCAUCCAGUGUGGAGUUCAACAUCUUUGAGCAGAGCUUCGACGGCGCCAGCAACGACUCUCCGCAAUCGACCGACGAGCAGGACAGAGAUGGUCCAGUGCCUACCUUCAACAACUGGGCUGCACCACCUCCCAGCUCACCACAUCGACGUCCGUUCAGCUUGCGCAAAUCGACACUUUCCCAGCGCGCCGGACCCGGUCGCAAGAACUUGUUCGCCGACUCAAUGCGCGACUCGGUGAUGAGUCCAUCCCUGAAUCGCGCAAGGUCGAGAAUCUCGCUCGAUGGCGCUUUGCCACUCCGCAGUCCUGAUAUGGAUUCGCCUUUUCGCAGAGGCAAUGCCAGUGACCCGCCUGUUCUGUUCCCGCCGCCUGGACAGAAACUGUACCAGUCAGCUCCAAAGCCGCACCCACUGUCUCACGCACUGACGCCUUCAUCCUCCACGUCAAGCGUUGCCGAAGACAAUACCACACCGCAACCUGAGCAGCAACAGCCCGCUACUACCGCUCCUGUUCACGAGGCAUCAGCACAGCCAAAGGUAGUCGUGUCCAAACCUCCCGUUCCUGGAUUCUCCAAGUCCCUACCACUGGGAGCGAUGCGACCGGCUGCGAUCGCUGCUGCAAAUGGCGAAUCUCAUGCGACACCGGCUGCGUACAAGAUGGCGAAGCCGCUACCGCAAGCAUUCAUGUCAACAGGCUUGAUCUCGAAGCGCCACCGCAAUAUAGAUGAGCCGCCUGCAGGCCUGUUCUCAAGCACGCACAUGCCGGAUACGCCCUCGAAGAAAGCACCACAGAUCCACUUUGGUGCCAGUCCAGCUCCCUCGGCACUAGGAAAGCUUGCACGACCCAUGCACGAAUUUGGAAGUCCAACUACGCCGUUCAAUGGUCGAGUGUCCAACGUCUCACCAGAGGCUUUCGGAAAAGGUGUCAAUAUCUUCGGUUCCAGGACGAAUCAGCCUCAACUGACCAGGAGAAGCUCGUUCCUCAGCAUCAAUGGAGACGAUGUCGACAAUUCUCCUACACACCGCCUGGACAACCAACACCAUCUUGACAACCAAGCACUCGCCGACGAUUUGCCACCGACACCAACAAAGUCUACAUCGUCCACCACUCGACCACAGUCCAAGGGCAAGAGUAAUACCCCAAGCCCGUCCAAGGCGAUCCCAAUCGUUGGCGACAAGACAUCUCCCCACACUCCAGUGGAGUCGUUCACUCCUCCAGACCCGAGCAGUCUGUCCAUCUCCGUCGAUCAUCGCCCGUCUGUGCCGGUAAACAGCUCUAGCUUCCCUCCGGCAACGCCAACAGGUCCUCGGGGAGAUUCUUUUGGUGUCAGCCUUGGCCAAAGCCUCGCACAAUCAGGCUACUUCCAAAACGAAGUGGAUACAUCGCUCAACACACGCUUCGCUCACAUCGCAUCCGUCGGCACUGGAGAGUUCUCGCAGGUCUACAAGGUCUCCAAGCCACUGGGUGCCAGCAACUCCACGAAUCACAAGCGCAGCCCUGGAAGCGAAGUCUGGGCAGUCAAGAAGUCCAGGAAGCCAUACACUGGCGUCAAGGACCGCCAGCGUAAGAUGCGAGAAGUAGAGAUCCUCAGGUCUCUACGAGGCCAUGAGCACAUCGUUGAACUCGUCGGUGAAUGGGAGUCUAAGAAUCACCUGUACAUCCAGACAGAAUACUGCGAGAACGGCAAUCUGAAGGACUUUUUGCUGCAAGCUGGAUUCAAGGGCCGACUGGACGAUUUCCGCAUCUGGAAGAUCUUGUUGGAGCUGUCGCAAGGCGUCAAGGCCAUUCACGACGCACACUUCAUACAUCUUGACUUGAAGCCUGCCAAUGUCUUCAUCGACUGGGAGGGUCUUCUCAAGAUUGGCGACUUUGGCAUGGCGAGCUCCUGGCCAGCACCUGCCGGUCUUGAUGGAGAAGGUGACCGAGAGUACAUUGGCCCCGAAGUUCUGUCUGGUCGCUUCGACAGACCGGCCGACAUUUUCGCACUCGGUAUGAUCAUGUUAGAGAUUGCCGGCAACAUCGUGCUCCCUGACAAUGGUGCAUCAUGGCAACGACUUCGUGCUGGUGACCUCAGCGACUUGCCAAGUCUCACGUGGAGCACUGACAGCAGCUUGCCACGCGACGAGUCUGGUGAUCCAGUGGAGAUGCUCAAUGGGCAGUCGAACGAAUCACUGUGCACCUCACACCAGGGUGAUGACGAUCUUUCCUUCCUUCGACCAUCUGUGCCCAAGCAUCAGCGCAGCCAGGAACUCGGCCAAGCACCGAACUUCAUGGUCGACCCAACAGAUUCCGAAGCCCUCGAUACAGUAGUCCAGUGGAUGAUUAGCCCAGACCCAGAUUUGCGACCGUCUGUGGACCAGCUUUUGGUGACACAUGGUGUUCAAUGGGUCGAAACUCGGCGUCGUGCUGGAGCCACGGUGUACGAAGGGGCUUGGGGGCCGGCUGAAGACGUGCUCAAUCAUGGCGAGCAGGAUGAUGUGGAAAUGCUGGACAUUUAA